AUGGGCCUUGCGUGGUGGCACCGUGCGGACUACUUUCAUCACCAGGGGUCCUAUGACAGUGGUUGGGUUGGUUACGACGUGUUCACGUUCAUUGGCCUGCUGCUGUUCACCGCGUGCUUCUCUGUCGGUGUGACGCUGCUGUAUGUGGGUGUGAGCGCCAUGCUGCGCAUGUGGCACAACACACUGGGGCUGGCCGCUUUCUGUGCCGUGGGCACAGUCUUCACUGCGGUUGGGUGCCUGGGAAUGGCCUGGGGGAAGGAGACAAUGCAGUGCCUGGGAGUCUUCUGCGUCAACACCAAAAAGUACGUGGAGGUGCCUGGGAUGAGGCCGGAGGCUGGCACCGGUUUCCUUUCGACCAUUGGCAUCACGGUGUUCUUCUCGCUUGCGCCGAUGGGCCUCAUGAUGCUGCUGCAGGUGCCCUGA